UUUCCAAGCACGACUCUUCUCAUUCUCCACCACUUGUUUGCUUGGCCAAAUGAGUUCUUCUUCUCUAAUAAUCUGAAAAAGAUACCUCUCAUCCUUUUCUUGAUUCUUAAUUUCCUUCAUUCGUAAAAUCCCAAGUUCAGUUUUCAUGGCUAUGGUUUCUUCUUCAUCGUCUGUGUUCCUCAAAUCGCCCAUUUCACCAUCUCCAGCUCUCCAUUUCUGUGGGGGAGAAUUUCCCAAGAGCCAUCCAUGGAUUCGGGGUCGACCCAGAACAAAAAAUAUGGUUAGAGCUCAAUCAGAGGUCAGAAAGGAAGACAUAGUUAUAGUUGGUGGAGGGAUUGCUGGUCUUGCCACUGCUCUGUCUCUUCACAGGCUUGGAAUUAGGUCAUUGGUGCUAGAGCAAGCAGAAUCACUUAGAACUGGUGGAACCUCACUAACCCUUUUCAAAAAUGGGUGGCGUGUGUUGGAUGCAAUUGGGGUUGGAAAUGUUCUCAGAACCCAGUUUGUUGAAAUUCAAGGGAUGGUAGUUAAGUCAGAAGAAGGAAAGCAGCUGCGCUCCUUCACAUUUAAGGACGAAGAUGAAAGCCAAGAGGUACGUGCCGUGGAGAGGAGAACACUGCUGGAAACUCUGGCCUCUCAGCUUCCAUCAGGAUCGAUUCAGUUUUCCUCAAAGCUUGAAGCAAUUCAGAGAACUCAUCAAGAUGAAGUCAAGUUGGAACUUGUGGAUGGCACACAGUUAAUUGCAAAGAUUGUCAUUGGCUGCGAUGGCGUUCGAUCUCCCGUGGCUCAAUGGAUGGGAUUUUCGGAGCCAAAAUUUGUAGGGCAUUGUGCUUUUCGUGGGCUUGCAUAUUAUCCCAAUGGACAGCCACAUGAGCCAGAAGUGAACUAUAUCUAUGGAAAAGGCUUGCGAGCAGGUUAUGUUCCCGUUUCUGCUACAAAAGUUUACUGGUUUAUCUGCUACAAUAGUUCAUCUCCAGGACCAAAGAUUACAGAUCCAGCUGUUUUAAAGCAGCAAGCAAAAGAACUAGUCAGAAACUGGCCAUCUGAUCUACUGAACAUCAUGGACACAACCCCAGACGACACACUAAGCCGAACACCCCUCGUAGACCGAUGGCUAUGGCCUGCAGUCAGCCCGCCGGUUUCAUCAGGGAGAGUGGUUCUGGUUGGAGAUGCUUGGCAUCCAAUGACUCCAAAUCUAGGACAAGGAGCCUGCUGUGCAUUAGAAGAUGCAGUGGUUCUAGCAAGAAAACUUGCCACUGCACUCAAAUCUGAAUCGGAAACGCCUUCUGUUGAAGAAGCUCUGAGAUCGUAUGGAACUGAAAGAUGGCCUCGAGUCUUCCCGCUCACUAUUCGAGCCAAUGUGGUUGGAUCGGCUCUGCAGUGGGAUAACCCCAUUGUUUGUUCUGUGAGAAACAAUGUUGUCAUACCCAAACUGGUUAGGCUAGGACCUCUGCUAGAGCAUACCAAUUUUGAAUGUAAUGCUUUGUGAAUACAUUUACAAGCUUGUUACUUGAUAUGUGAUAAGUAUACAAUUAUACUUUUUUUAAUGGAAAUAAAUUUAUCAAUUGUU